AUGGCCACAUUACUCAACAAAAUCACCACAUUUCUUUUCUUUCUCCUACUCAAUACUCUACACUUCUAUGCAAUUCAGUCCCUAGCAAGGCCAAGAAACCCUAAUUCACUCGUUCUUGGUCUUACCCCAGCUUCUAGGGCUUCCCUUCCAACUCAUCCAAAAGCUUCCACUUCUUCAAAAAAGAUCCUACCAACAGAUGUUUUGGACAUGAUAGAGCCAUUGAGGGAAGUAAGAGAUGGUUAUUUGAUGUCUAUAAAUAUAGGCACACCCCCACAAGUCAUUCAAGUGUACAUGGAUACUGGGAGUGACCUUACUUGGGUUCCUUGUGGAAACCUUUCUUUUGAUUGCAUUGAUUGUGAUGAUUAUAAGAACAAUAGGAUAAUGGCUGCCUUUUCUCCUUCUUAUUCUUCUUCGUCAUAUAGGGACACUUGUGCUAGUCCCUUCUGCAUUAAUAUUCAUAGUUCUGACAACCCUUUUGAUCCAUGCACUAUUGCUGGAUGCUCAUUGAGUACCCUUGUUAAAGCCACAUGUUAUAGGCCAUGUCCUUCAUUUGCUUACACAUAUGGUGCAGGCGCUGUCACUGGGUUACUAACUAGGGAUACACUUAGGGUUCAUGGAAGUAGCCCUGGUGUCACUAAGGAAAUCCCAAAAUUCUGUUUUGGUUGUGUUGGGUCUGCAUAUAGGGAGCCUAUUGGGAUUGCAGGGUUUGGUAGGGGCGCACUCUCUUUGCCUUCACAACUAGGGUUUCUUCGAAAGGGCUUCUCACAUUGCUUCUUGGCCUUCAAAUAUGCAAACAACCCUAAUAUUUCAAGCCCAUUAGUUAUAGGAGAUAUUGCCCUUACUUCUAAUAAAGAUGGUAUGCAAUUCACUCCAAUGUUGAACAAUCCCAUGUACCCUGAUUACUACUACAUUGGUCUAGAGGCCAUAACUGUAGGCAAUGUUAGAGCAACUGAAGCGCCUUCAAGCUUGAGGGAGUUUGAUUCACAAGGUAAUGGGGGCAUGUUGAUUGACUCAGGAACCACUUAUACUCACCUACCUCAGCCUUUCUAUUCUCAGGUUCUCUCUAUUCUUCAAUCAACGAUAAAUUAUCCUAGAGCCUCUGACGUGGAGACGAGAACCGGGUUCGAUCUUUGUUAUAAGGUCCCGUGUCCAAACAAUAGCAGUCUCACGGAUGAUAAUCUCCUUCCUCCAAUCACUUUCCAUUUCUUGAACAAAGUGAGUCUAGUUCUGCCCCAAGGAAAUCACUUCUAUGCUAUGAGCGCCCCAAGAAACUCUAGUGUUAUCAAAUGCCUAUUGUUCCAAAGCAUGGAUGAUGGUGAUUAUGGACCAGCUGGGGUUUUUGGGAGCUUCCAACAGCAAAACGUGGAGGUUGUCUAUGACCUGGAGAAAGAGAGGAUUGGGUUUCAAACAAUGGACUGUGCUUCAGCUGCAUCUUCUCAAGGGCUUCACAAGAACUAA